GAUUAGUUGAUAAAAACAUAUACAAGAACUUUUAAUGUCGUUUCCUCGGUGAAAGAGGUGUAAAAACUUUAAGAAAUUAUAAACUAAAUAAAAGGAUGUCCACACCAAUUAAAUCCGCAUCGUCCCUUUUGUUGAAUGCAAGACUUGUUUCGCCUAAAUUAUUGUCUCCGGUUGAAAACAAAAUUUGUUACACCUCCACUCCCAAGCGAGUUCCGCGGCAAAGCUUGAACUUUUCACAUGAUUUUCAAGCGCAUAAUUUUGUUAAAAAUCCGAUACAAAUUAAAGUAACUCAAGAAAACCUCGCCGAAGAUAGUCUAAUCAUCGAUUCUCCUCACAAAUCCGAACUGCUGACUUACGGCUUGAGUAAAUACGAUCUUUUGUACAUACUGGGCAAAGGAUCAUUUGGCACAGUUAUUAAAGGAAACUAUCACGGAAAAAUUGUUGCCGUAAAAAUUAUAAAAUCAAAGUCAGGUUGCGUAAACGAAUCAAACGCCCUUAAUCUUCGUCAUGAAAAUAUUAUUACAGUUUUUGAUAUAAUUGUUAGCCGAAAGUAUUCUCUCGUGACGAUGGAGUAUCACAAGGAUUCGAAAAAUUUGCAAAGUGUCAUAGAUGAUGCAAGUGCGGUUCUGGAUCGAAAAACCGUAGUCAGAUUUAGCAAGGAUGUUGCAAGUGGUUUAAAACACUGUCACGAAAAUGGUGUCUUGCAUUUAGAUAUAAAACCAAAGAAUAUAUUGCUCUGUGAUAACAAAGUUUGCAAAAUUUGCGAUUUUGGCAAUUCAGUGAAAGCAUCAAAUGCUACAGAAAUGUGUACGUUUCAGGGAACAGUGCCAUACACCGCACCUGAAAUUUUACGAGGGAAACUACCGAGCACUAAGAGUGAUAUUUACUCUCUAGGUAUAUUAAUCUGGCAAAUGAUUUAUCGCAAAAGCCCUUAUGAAUUCUCAAACAGUGAAGUGAUAAUUUACAAAGUUGUCAAAUUCAAUUUUCGCCCUCCUUUGGACACAAAGGAUGAAGUUUUGGCACGAUUGUGCUGUUUAUGCUGGGAUGAAAAUUCAAAUAAACGCCCAAGUGCUGCGCAAAUAUAUGAUUUAUUAAAUGGUGUUGUUUUUAAUGAAAAGUGAAUUAAUAAAUUAAAUUUCUUUAUUGUCG